CACUGGGUAGAAAGUGCUGUGCAGUGUGUGACCCUCCCUCUGCCGCUCCUUUUCUCCUAAGCUCCCCUCUCCAGUAAUUUCGUCCCUCCCUGGAACAGUCGGGAAAUCUGAGGUCGAUUUUACUGUUAGCGUUUAGCAGACCUCAGAACAUCUGAGGUCUAUUUUAACACUGGCCUCUGAGGGGUGGGCCGAGCUGAAGGAAGACUGAUAGCUCCAGAUUCCAAAGCCAACUUCCCAAGGUGAUCCCUGGCUCCUGGAGGAGGGGGUAGGAGAGCAGCGGGCUGGUGGCUCAGAGCUGAGACAGGAUGGAAUCCGGCUUUACCUCUAAGGACACUUAUCUAAAUCAUUUUAAUCCCCGGGAUUACUUGGAAAAAUAUUACAGCUUUGGGUCCAGACACUGUGCAGAAAACGUGAUCCUCAGACAUCUGCUGGAAAAUCUUUUUAAGAUAUUCUGCCUGGGUGGUGUGAAAGGAGACCUCCUGAUUGACAUUGGCUCUGGCCCCACCAUUUAUCAGCUUCUCUCUGCCUGUGAGUCCUUCAAGGAGAUCGUUGUCAGUGACUACACAGACCAGAACCUUCGGGAGCUGCAGAAGUGGCUGAAGAAGGAGCCAGGGGCCUUUGACUGGUCUCCAGUGGUCACCUAUGUGUGUGAUCUCGAAGGGAACAGAACCAAGGGACCUGAGAAGGAGGAGAAGUUGAGGCGGGCAAUCAAGCAGGUGCUGAAGUGUGACGUGACUCAGAGCCAGCCCCUGGGGAAAGUCUCUCUGCCUCCGGCUGAUUGCCUGCUCAGCACGCUGUGUUUGGACGCUGCCUGCCCUGACCUCCCCACCUACCGCACUGCCCUCAGGAACCUGGGCAGCCUGCUCAAGCCGGGGGGCUGCCUGGUGUUGGUGGAUGCCCUUAAGAGUAGCUAUUACAUGAUCGGAGAGAAGAGAUUUUCCAGCCUUCCCCUGGGAUGGGAGGCCGUUCGAGAUGCCGUGGAAGAGGCUGGCUAUACCAUUGAGCAGUUUGAGGUGAUUUCCCAGAAUUACUCUUCUGCCACAGCCAACAAUGAAGGACUGUUCUCCCUCGUGGGGCGCAAGCCAGGCAGAGCUGAAUGACAUCCUGUGAUCCCAAUUAAAGGUUUGCUGGUUCGUUUCGGA